CUUUUAGUUUUUUAGAUUUAAUUCGGUAUCGCAUAACUAUAAUCUACAUUUAAAAAAUUGAUUUAAUUUCUCGAUAUAAAAACAAUGGUCGUCGAAACUAAUCAAAUUGUACGGAGGAAUCGUCCUGGCACCAAAGCAAAUGAUUGGUGCAAAUGGCCAGACGAGUCAUUUGAAGAGAUGGAAAGUACUCUGGCAGUUCAGCAGUUUAUUCAGCAAGCAAUAAAAAGAGAUUUCAAUAACGUAGAGGAAAUCUUAACUGCCCCGGAGGGCCAGGACGAGGGCGUCUGGAAAUAUGAACACCUAAGGCAGUUCUGUAUGGAGUUGAAUGGAUUAGCCGUUAAACUUCAGCUUGAAUGCAAUCCUGAGACCUGCACUCAGAUGACUGCCACAGAACAAUGGAUAUUUUUAUGUGCUGCUCACAAGAAUCCCAAAGAGUGUUCGGCCAUUGAUUACACUCGUCAUACAUUGGACGGGGCAGCCUGCCUACUCAACAGCAACAAAUAUUUCCCCAGCAGGGUGAGUAUAAAGGAAGCGUCUGUCAGUAAACUGGGUUCAGUUAGCAGGCGAGUUUACAGGAUUUUUUCGCAUGCCUACUUCCAUCACCGUACUCUCUUCAAUGAAUAUGAGAACGAGACAGCGCUGUGCAAAAGAUUCACAACUUUCGUUAUAAAGUACAACCUAAUGGCCAAGGAUUAUCUCAUAGUACCUAUCCUGGAGGAACAGUUCAGUGGGAAUGGGAGUGCGAGUGUUGGUGCGAGUGGUGGGGGCGAUGAAAACGGAAGUUUCGUAGCCUACCAGCCAGGUGGCGCUGCUGCUGCUGGUAGUGUGGCUGGCGAUGACGGUAGCAUUGUUGAUGAAACUAUGAUUGGUAAUGCUUGAUUGGGGUCAGUUGUUUGAUUGUCUGGUUGGUUGGUUUAAUAACCAGUUAAAUUAAUGGGUUAGGUUGAUUAGUUGAUUGAUUGGAUAUAUGACUGACUGGUAUAUCUUUUUUUAUAAACAUUGUCUGUAAGCAUGAAUAUCUUUACUUAUUUUCUUCAUUUAUUUAUUCAUUCAUUCAUUUUAACAUUCAUUCAUUCAUUCGUUCGUUCAUUCAUUUUAACAUUCAUUCAUUCGUUCGUUUGUUCAUUCAUUUAUUCGUUCGUUCAAUCAAUCA